UCUGAAAGGACCAAGUGAGUGGGAAUCGAUGGCGCAGCGGCCCGCAGCUUGACAGGACAAUAAACCCACGAAACAAGGGCCUCUCCACCCCCAGGAGCAGCGAUGCACCAGCGGAGGGAGGUGUCCGGUAAGCCCCGCCCCCCCGGCCAGGACUCCACCCCCCCGCAGACGCUGAAGCCCCGCCCCGAUUACCCAUGAUGCACCUAGCAGAACCAGGGUCGCCCGCUCUGUAUGGGGCCCAGCACAUGUGAGCUGACAUGGAGGAUGAAGAUGGGACUUGUUUACUUGACGUUUUGUGCGACCCCCAAGCCCUGAACGACUUCCUUCAUGGGACCAGUGAGCUGCAGCCCGAGGACCUGCUCAUCUCCUCCUCCUCCGGGGAAACCUCCCUCUUCCCUGAUGCCGCGAGUCCCGUCUCCCUGCUGGGCGGCGCCGGCGGGGACUCCCCGGACACGCCCCCGCCCGGCUGCGUGGACCUGUCCUUCCUGGAGGAGGCCCUGCUGUCGUCCCCGGAGGCCGCGGAGGAGCCGGGGGCCGGGCGGGCCGGGGCCCCUGCCGAGGGAGGGGUGGGGGAGGCGGAGGAGGAGGAGGAGGCGGCGGCGGCGGUGGCCUGCGACAUACUGCAGCAGAGCCUGCAGGAGGCGGAGAUCACCGAGCAGACCAUGGCCCUGGAGGCGGGGCUGACGCAGCCGGAGGACAGCCUGUCGCUGUACUCGCCCGCCCCCCUGCUGCCCCCCCCGCCGGCCCCGGCGCCGUUCUUACCCAAACCCGUGACCUUACCCACCCAGGCGGCGGUGGAGCCCCCCCAGCCCUCGCUGCUGGCCGUCGGACCCGGGUGCCCCUCCCUGAAGCCGGCGGCCCCCCCACAGCUGAUGGGCCUCCUGCCCGGGAACGUGUUUCCCGCCGCCCCCCCGGACGCCUCCUUCUCCCAGGGCUCCAGCAUGAUUAUCCACAAGGCCGUGCCCGGCGCCGGCGGACGCCCCGUCAUCACCCAGACCCUGAGGAUGGCGGCGGCGGCGCCGCCCGGCCUCGUCCUGCAGCGCGGCCCCCUCCCCAUCCAGCCCAAGCUUCCCCGACUGGUUCAGAUCAGCCCCAAACCCCCCGGGCAGAAGCCCCCCGCCGGUCUCACGUUUGUGCCCCGGACCGCCUCGUCAAACCUCCUACUCCCCCCGGGGCCGGGCCAGAAGGCGGCAGGGGCGGCGGCUCCGGGGGCGGCGCCGCUACCGAAGCCGGUCAGCCUGCAGCUGGUAAACCAGGGCGGCUCCUUCCUGCUGCAGCCUCAGGGACUCUUCCAGGGCCAGAACCAGUUCCUGCUCCCGGGCCAGUCCCCCGUCACCAUCUCCCAGCCCGCCAGGGCGGCCCAGAGUCACCACGGCGCCGCCUUCCACCGGGGGCAGCUGGUGGACGGCCCCCAGAUCCUGACCGUCCCCCAGCGGCAGCUGAACUUCGGCCCGGUGUUCACCACGCCGGCCGGGCAGCUCGCCCUCCGCCAGGCCACCGUCCUGUCGGGGCCGCUGCAGCUGCAGUCGGCCCCCGCCGCCGUCUUCCAGAUGGGUGCGUACGCCGCGGGAGGCCCCGGCCCGCGGGCCACACUGGUCCACGGCCCCGCCCUCGCCAACCACAUCACCCUGAUCAACAGCUCGGGGGUGCUGCCCCCGGAUCUCACCUCCAUCUCCAUCGUCAACGGCCCACCGGUGGUGCAGGGGCUGCCCUUCGCAGCCCAGGCCCCGCCCCCGCCUCCGGCCCCGCCCCCUCCGGCGGUGGUCCCAGAAGGAGCGCUGAGCCUCCAGCAGGCCUCCGUGGUUCUGCUCCCGGACCGGGCCGCCCAGGAGGAGACGACCAGCUCGGAGGAAACGUUCCAGCAGCUUCAGCAGCCCUUUGGUCAGGUGGUCCAGCAGGUCCCGGUCCGGCCCGUCCCCACCGGGCCCCAGUCCUCGGCCCCCCCGGUGGUCUCCGUCCUCCAGCGCCCCCCCGAGCUGCCGGCCGUGGAGAUGCCCAAACUGCUGCUGCCCCCAGCAGACCUCAGCCCGGCGGUGGAGGAGGUGACCCGGUCCAGGGGUCGGAACCAGGCCUUUAUGCAACACCUGCAACAGGAAGCUCUUAGUCCCCUUCCCUCGGAGCUGCUGGUGGGAACGCUGCCGGCGGUGCCGAUGGAGCCGCUCAUGUCCCCGGGCCUCAGCGAUGGGGAGAGCCAGCCUACGGAUGUUGCGGCCGACGCUCAGGACGCCGUCGCCUCACCGUCAGACCGGCGCGUUGAAGUUUCUCCUCCUCGCUCCGACCCCGAGGACGAGCCGCUGAUCUGCUCUCCUGCCCGGAUUCAGGAUGCUGCAGAGUCGACACCGGCAUCGGUGACGUUCUCCCCUCCAGCCGGGCCUCCAACGGCUCUGCUCGGACCCGAGUGCUCGCCGCCGCCGCCGCCGUCCUGCGUCCAGCCUCAGGUCAAGUUCCACGUCUCUCCUGAGCUCCAACCCUCCCAGACCUGUGACCAGUCCCAGGCUGCGACGCCGGUCCAGUUCCAGGUUUCCCCGCCUCGGCCCUCGAGCCUCGGCCCGGCCCACAGCAGCCCCUCGGUGCCUCCCCUGCAGCAGCAGCUCGACCCCGCGGCCGUCCUCGUUUCCACGGGAGGAGACGAGUCCGCCGCCCAGCAGCACACACACAACCAGCCAGCAGCUGCCUUGGUCGUGGAGGACGAAGCCUUUGCUCUCGCCGUCCUCCCCCCGUCUCCUGCCGCGUCCCUCCAGACGGGCCCGCGGGCCGACACCGAGCCGGCAGGUCGUCUGGACAUCCAGAGCGAGGAGAAGCCGACACCAGCAGCACGCCGUCACAGAUUCCAGCAGCAGUUCUGUUCGGACCACGCAGCCGUGCAGAACCCGAUCACCAGCCCGGCCUUCGCCACCCUGAAGGAUGCCGUCAGACACCUGCUGCCGUUCCACACCUGCGCCGGACACCUGCCCACGCAGGACCACUUCACCUCAGUGGACCAGGAGUUUGACACCGUGUCCGGGUUCCUGCUGAAGCGGACCAAGGACAUGGUCAACAAGUACCGGCAGCUACUAGUGAGGGAGACGCAGCAGGAGAGUCCGUCAGCGGAGAUGGUGAUGCUGGAGCGUCUCUUCCUCCAGGCGGAGCGCUACACUCUGGCGGAGGAGCGACGGCGAGCUCGCAGAGACCCAGAAACCUUCCACGCAGCGUUGACGUCGUCGGCCCCGCCCCCCCACCUGUGUGACCCCACCCACCCCUCUGGCCCCGCCCCAUGCCCGUCUGGCCCCGCCCACCCAUCAGGCCCCACCCACCCCGGUGGCCCCGCCCACUGCCCCUCUGGCCCCUCCCACAGCCCCUCGUCCCCCCCGGCCUGGACUCGUCUGUCCUCCCGGCCGCCGGGGCUCAGGACGUACCGCUCCAGCUCCCGCGGUGCUCUCAGACUCACCAUCAAGCAGGAGUCCGGCUCCCGCAAGGUCGUCCAUAACUCGGCCUGCGACCCGGGACUCAAGAGGGACCACACGGGUCAGCUGACCAACGGCGGCGGCGGCGCCGCGGACCAGCGCCCCCCUCUCACGCCUAACGGAGACCCCGGACACUCCCGGCACGACGAGGUCUCCAACGGCGCUCUGAACGGCAGCUCCCCGGACCUGAGUCCCGGGUCCAAAACCAGACCCCCGGACCCGCCCCGUAGGGACGGCUGCUUCGGCGCGCCACCGCGGGACGCCAGCGCCCCCAAACUGAGGUGUUACCGGCGGGAGGCGUUGACGCCGCCGCUCCAGGAGGACCACGUGCUCAGCGAACACUUACAGAGCGCCAUCGACAGCAUCCUGGAGCUGCAGCGGCUACAGGGCCCGCUAACGGCACCGGGGAGGCCCGCGGGGCCGGCCAGGCCCGCGCCGGGCCCGUCACUGGACCAGGCCGUCACCAGCAUCCUGGAGGGACAGCUGUAGAGGUGCAGCAACACCCGUCCGAGGUGGUUAAGGGUGCUUUCAGACCUGUGGCCCGUUUGUUUUGUUCCGAUUCAGGGGCUAAAUCGAUACAGUUGUUUCGUUUCUCGUUUGUGUCCACAAGGCAACCGUCUGUAGUGGUUCAAAGCUGUUAACAAAUGCCAUGAGAACCAACUGUUCUCUGAUUGGUCAGAAAAUGAACGCGGAAGAGUUUCCUCUUCCGUACCCCGGGAAAAACAACCAGCCCCUUUCACAGAGAGGGCGCAAAGCGCAGACCGCCGCCGGCGAUCCCAUUCAUUGUGUAUGUGCUACCGGCGUUUGCGCAGCGCCCGCCUGCCCGAAUUGAACAUUUUUUAAUUUCACCGUGCCGCGCUGUGACGACAUCUCGGCAUGUCCAAUAGGAUGUAGGUGGUGGAGUCUUCUCCUUGCGCCGACUCUUCUCCUUGCGCCGCGGUCGCACGUACACAAUGAAUGGAGUUGUGUCGUUUGCUGUGUCGAUUAUGCAGUGGCGUCAAUUCAGUCAAAGCUAAGGUACGGCAAGGUUACGAGUCACAGAACUUAACUACAGUAUCAGUCAACAUGCCCAGUAUACUCAUCACAGAAUCUGCUAUGUAGCUUAUCUGCGUGGUCAAGAAAAUUUGAACUUUUUCAAAUGCAGCCUCAACAUAACUAGGAACACUACACUUUAAUAACGUGUUGAUCAAUUCAGUCAAUGCGCCUUUACGCAAUACACAUCCGUUUUCGGCACCA